AUAUGAAUGGGCAAGGUCAGGUGAAUUCUAAUGAGUAAACUGCAUAUGGUAGUGGUUGAAGGAAUCAGCAUCCACAUCCUGCUUAGAGGACGAAGAGACACAGUUUAUGACAUUGAGUUUUGAAAAGCGGUGGCUCUAAUCGCAACUACUAACUUGUCUUGUGCACAGCUGGUCAGGAGAUACCUGUCAGAUAAGUCACAUGAUCACAUGGUGUGUAUUUUAUGCGGAGUUUUAUCAAGGAAGGACCUCUAACCUGGGCAUAGGUCCUGGGGGAAAAUUGAUUAGAGCGCCACUCAAUCUACCUGUGUGUCAACAUUGACUUGUCCUAUACUUAGAAAAUUGGCGGGUGGGCCUAUGAGAUCAAACAUUGAUUGGCUGUGCAGCGCUGAUAAGAUAAGCCAGCAUAUUGCAACAACAGCAGCAGCAGCAGGUGAACUCUCCACGUCACUGAGCAGGACUGUUAUAUUCACUAGGUUCAUGGAGGUGGAGAGCAGUCACAAUCACAUCUCAUUCAAAAUGUGCCCAUUUGGUAAGCACAUGGGUCUAGGGAAAAGACAUGAUAAGAGUUCUAAAAAGAUGACCGCCAUUGGGGAACAGGUAGCGGUCAGUCCCCACACAGCUGAUAAAGUGACCCGUGCCAAAGUGACCCUAGAGAACUACUAUACCAACUUAAUAGCACAACAUGAGGAGAGAGAAAGCAGAUAUCGUAAACUGGAACAGACAAUGGAGGAUGAGGGUCUCUCAGAAGAACAGAAACAAGAAAAAAGGCAGCAGCAUGCACUGAAAGAAACAGAAUUUUUGCGUCUUAAAAGAUCACGGUUAGGUGUUGAUGAUUUUGAACCAUUAAAAGUCAUAGGAAAGGGAGCUUUUGGAGAGGUGCGUUUGGUACAAAAGAAAGAUACAGGUCAUGUUUACGCUAUGAAAAUACUUAGAAAACUAGACAUGCUAGAAAAAGAACAGAUUGCACAUGUGCGUGCAGAGCGCGAUAUUCUAGUGGACGCAGACAACGAAUGGGUGGUCAAGAUGUAUUAUUCCUUCCAAGAUGCACAGAAUCUUUACCUCAUAAUGGAGUUCCUGCCAGGAGGAGACAUGAUGACACUGCUUAUGAAAAAAGACACUCUAACAGAGGAGCAGACACAGUUUUAUGUAGCAGAAACAGUGCUGGCAAUUGGUGCCAUACACAAAAUUGGUUUUAUUCACAGAGAUAUAAAACCAGAUAACUUAUUAUUAGAUUCAAAGGGUCAUAUAAAAUUAUCAGACUUUGGUUUAUGUACUGGUUUGAAGGCUGCACAUAGAACAGACUACUACAAAGACUUAUCACAAGCCAAACCAAGUGAUUUUUCUUCAAACUACAUGGAUUCAAAAAGAAGACAUGAAAGUUGGAAGAGAAACAGACGGGCACUGGCAUAUUCUACAGUAGGUACCCCAGACUACAUUGCCCCUGAGGUGUUUAUGCAAACGGGCUACGCUAACACAUGUGAUUGGUGGUCAUUAGGGGUUAUCAUGUAUGAGAUGUUAAUAGGCUAUCCUCCAUUUUGUUCAGAGAAUCCCCAGGAGACAUACAGGAAGGUGAUGAACUGGCGAGAGACACUCAUCUUUCCUCCAGAGGUGCCCAUCUCUACAGAGGCCAAAGACCUCAUAUUAAGAUUCUGCUGUGAUUCUGAGCACAGGAUUGGUGCCACAGACAUAGACGAAAUCAAAAAAGCACCAUUUUUUAGCACAGUUGAUUGGGAACACAUCAGAGAGCGACCUGCUGCAAUACCAAUAGCAGUGAAAAGUAUAGAUGACACGUCAAAUUUUGACGAAUUUCCUGAAAUAGAUCUCAAAUGGCCAACAGAGCAGCAAGCACAGGAAGAUUCCAAAUAUAAAGACUGGGUUUUUAUCAACUAUACUUUCAAAAGGUUUGAAGGAUUGACACAGAGAGGACUUGCUCGGCCCUCCGUUUCAAACAGAUGAAAAAGGCCAUUCCUGUCUGUGAUACAACUUCGGUUGUUAAAUUUUACAACAUUGCUAAUGGAGUCAAUAUUGAAUUGACACAUGCUAUCUUUGUUUCUGGAAUGCUUAAAAGCUUAGCAGUGUUGUCACAGGCAUAAUGCUUUGCAGAAACUUUCUGGGCAGUGUCUAAGCUGUCUAGAGACGGAAUGAGAAGAAAAUAUGAAGGUCAUAUCUCAGGAUCAUGAAUAAUUGUGAAAGAAACAUUUGUUGACCUAGAUUUUUUUAUCUGACCUGGGUGACUUUUCAUAUUGCUUAAUGUUAUAACAACAACACAAAACUUCUGUGAAAUAUCAGUGAUAUUAUUUAAGUGUUAUACAUUGGCAAUUUGAAAGCAUGAUUUUAAAAAAGUGCACAAUUUAAUUAUCUGAGAUAAAGGUUUGGUUUAUGACAUGCUGCAAUCCAGCUUUAUCUACAAGUUCUUCCAUAUGUUAACUGUUAAUUUUGUGCACAUUUAUGAAGCCCAAGGCUUUAGUUGUUUACCAAAGAAGAAUAUAAUUUAUUUGUGUGUAGUUGAUAGAUGGAGAGAAGCACAAGCUGAUUGUCUCCCAUUUUAUUUUUACAUGAAAGUAAUGUUUAACCAAGUGUCAAUAUUCUUGAGGUUUAUUUUAUGGUUACCUUGGUAUGAAACAAUACUUUGGGACAUUAAGUGUAUAAUGAGACAAGGAAAUAUGAUUAACACAUACGGAUGUGGCACACAGUGUGGACAUACAUUUUUCUCUUAUUCAAAAGAUGUAGUGAUUAGAAAAAAAGAUAUCUGAUCCUUUCGAGACAAGGUAAAUAAAUGCAAACUGAAACUGUAAGAAAUUUUUUACCACUUGUCCUGCAUAACCACGACUGCACAUAUGAAAUGGAAGUCCUGAUCAAGUUUAUGAAUUUGUCUUUCAAAUGUAGAUGAAAUUGGAAUGGUUCUUAAUGUUUGCAAUUGGCUACCUGCAUUGUAAAAUAGCUUGACCUUGGAUCACAAUCUGAGAUAAUAGUUUGAUUUUGUGUAAUGGGGAAAACGACACUUCUCAUAACAGUUCUGUGGUUGUGUAGCUCAUUAUUGAAUGUGUGAUAUGUCCCCCAUAUGCUGGUAUUGUUUUGAUAAAAUAUUAGGCAGAAAUUUGAUAUUUAUAUCCAUUCAAUUUUGUAGAUGUAACUACCUCCAGAUAACAGUAUCGAUCUUAGUAGUAUCAGACUAUUGGGAUGAGGUGCUUUAAUGUUUCAAGGAAUUUCCCAGAAUGCAUAUUAGAGAGGAAAGGGGAUUUUGGGCACCUUGUUAAUUUUAAUGAUAAUGGAUGUAAAUAGCAUAUUAUUAAAACUGCAGGCUUAAAUGACAUUGCUUGUGCCAACCUUUCAUUCUUUUAAUUUUGGCGUGCUAAGGAUGAACCAUACAUUGCCCAGUCACCAGAGAAAGCAGGUGUUGGUGCUUUUAUUUUCUCCUAACAUUGUGAUAUUUAUGUUUGUUAUGUUAAGUUGUUAGAUGUCAGGAUCAGUGUUGAAGUAAAAAUGGUAAUAGAGCUUUUGGUGCUAACAACAUGUGAUUGCUUACUGCUUGUUAAGUGUCUGGCAAAUACACCUAAAAUAUAUAAAGCUUCAUAUUGGGUCCCACCUUUACUGGUUCUGGUCCUCAGCAUGAACCAUUCGUGUCCAUAGUUUGCUGUAUAAAACUGCUGUAGUUGUAUAUUCAGAAAACCUCCCAUGGGAAAAGUUGUGAUCCACUAAGAGUGUGAUAAUAAUAGACUUGUGAAUAUAUAAAUAUAUACAUAACUACAAAUAUGUAAAUAUAAUAAAAAAAAUGAAGUAUAUUGUGAAG